UAUGUAUAUACUAUACACACAAAGGGAAUAGUCGCGUCGUGUCGCGUCGCGUCGGUCGCGCGUCGUACAUACACGACGACGACUCGAGUAUAGCUUUUGCACCCCGUUCCUAUACCCCCGUUGUGUCCCUGCUACAAAGGUCAACGUCCUUUCGACGCGAACCAACCAAGAAAAUUAUUAAUUUCAAGAGUUUUUUGUUCGGCUUUCCACCCUGGCCUCCUCGAUCCUUCCUCCACCUUCGCUAUAUUGGCAAAGGCAGGUUGAGACAUUAAUUUGCAAAGUCGUAAACAAGACGGCUGCCGCUGUCGAUACUUUUAAUAAAAUGCUGGUAAUUAAAUUGUACGGGGAUCGGUAAUGGUCGAGCUGGUCCGGAUCGAAGGACGCGGCCGUAGGAGCGUGUACGGAGCGAGCAGUCGUCGGGUGAAAGGUAAUAUCGAACUCGUAUUUUAGGUGGACGAGAGAGAUAGGUAGGUAGGUAGGUAGGUAGGUAGGUAGAUAGGUAGGUAGCUGGUCGAGAGAGCGGAGGAGUCGUAGUCCCGCAGGUGGGGUCGUAGGGGAAAGAAACAAAAAAAGACCGAUGGAAACAAAAGGAAUCCGCGUCUUUGGGAGUAGCGUGUUAGUUAACCCCCCCACCCUAGCCACGGGGGUGUUCGUUCGCGACAACUCAUCCCCGCCGCCCCACUUUGACUCCACUGCCCCUCGCCAACCCCUCGCCUCGUCCCUUUCUUUCUCUUCCCAUCUUUCGUAUCCUUCCACCUUCCGUUUCCGCCUCCACCUCCGCUUUCCUAUCUCCUCGUUUCAGAAAUUUUUGAAUAUCCGAUCAAUAGGUGGCUGCUCGUAGGAAAAAACCGAACCGAGUGGGGAGGUAUCGGAUCGGUGCCUCUGGAACUUUACCACCACCACCCCUAUCCUCGCGAUUCGUCGUGCUCUUCGAGACGAGACUUAUCCGUUUUUCCUCCGAGAACCUCCUGCCGAUGCUCUCCCUCUCUUAAUUGCCAGCUACGCCCGAUGCGCCUCGAUUUUCCGUUCGAUGUCCAGCUUUCCUUUCCUCGUCGUCGUCGACUCCGCGUAUGCCGACUGGUAUCGACGCCGAUGCGAUGUGGGUAUAGCCGCUUGUUUCGCGACUUUGUCGGUGGUCUCUUUAAAAAUUUCCUAACCAUUCCCCGGUAUAAGCCGUUUCCGUAUCACGAACGAACACCGUCUCAUGAAAAUAUUAUUUUUCCAAAGUUCCCAUGUCCCGAUCGUGAGUCCGUCGCGGCGAGUCGGUUCGCUCGGUUCGACGAGCUAUCUCGAAAUAAGGUGCACGCGAACAACCAACCAUCUGCCACACUUCCAUGCUCUAGCUAGUUAUUCCUAUGUCAGGCCGGAGGUAAUAAUUCAACGGUAAAAAGCCGGAGAAUUCGUGGUUACGUCGUACUGUUCCAGGUAACGCUUAAAAAUGUACGGAUGCGUUCGAUACGUUAGAAAUCGAUGCGCAUCCUACAUCCUCAACGAAAAUAAAAAGAAACUUGUGAUGAAAAGGGGGGGGUUGAAAAAGGUAGUAGAUGGUUGGUAACGAGGGUAACGAUUUCUCGAGCGUUCAAAAAGUGGCGCGCGUUACGAGUGUCGGACGAGAGGGUAGCAGCCGAGGGACAGGGGUUGGUUGGGCACUUUCAAACUUUCAACGCGGUCGUCGCGGAAGCCGCGCACAUUUUCAUUUACCAAAAAACGCGAAGCAUAAUAAGGGGGAAGAUAAAAGUAAGCGUCAAAGCGGUAGCAGCGAGCACGGAAGCAGCGGUAUAGUGCGGCGACGGAGGGGCCGAGGAAGAAGAGGGUGGCCGGAAAACGAAGCCGCGAAACACGAACGAGGAGUCCGCUCGCUCGCUGGUGCAACGAUGCAGCGGCGCGAGUGCAACGACUGCAGCAGCGGCUGCAACGAUGUCGAACGCGUGCUUUUCAUACCGUACCACCAGCUAUCCAGCCAGCCAGCCAGCCAGCCAGCCAGCCAGCCAGCCAGCCAGCCAACAGUCAUCGUCUUUGCGCUAGGGUUCCACGCGACAGGAGGGAGAAGGGGCCAUGUUUCGAAGCGUUUUAUAAUUGAGACCGUGCUGGAACGGGGGUGGCACGGUCUCGCCGGAGGACGGGGGAUCGAUAGCAUUUUUUUUCGGGGUAGGAACCCAGACGUACGUGGCGCGAAGGUGGCCGAGAGGAGAGGAGAGGAGUAGGGGCUUGAUUCGUGUGACACAUCCACGCGACGAAGGGACGAGGAAGGGAAGGGUUAGAGAAGGGACUGAUAUACGUCGCAAGCACGCGGGAAAGGAUAAGAGAGAAGAGAAGAGAAGAGAAGAGAAGAGAAGAGAGGAGAAGAAAAGAGAAGAGAAGCACAGAAAAGGGAAGAGAAGAGAAGAGAGGGAACGUGCGGGCCUGGAGGGUCGCUCCGGCAGGCUUGCUUUUCGACAAAGAGGCGACGACGCUUUUUUAUAAUUGCGUUUUUAAUUUGAUGGAUUCUUUGAUGCGUUUCGUCGUAUACUCGAGCGUGCGCGGAAGAGCGAACGACAGGGAAAAAAGGAUAGUUGGGAAAGGAAACGAAAAGCUAGGGGGUUGAAAAAGGAAAGAAGAGUAUAACGCACAUACGUGUAUGAAAGUGUUGGCAUACGUGUACCGGGGGGAGGUGAAGCGGUGAGGAAGAAAGAAGAACGAGAGAAAGUGAGAAAGUGAGAGGGAAAGGGGAUGAAACAGAGAGAAAGAGUUGGCGAGAAAGGAGAGAUGAAGGAAGAGAGAAAUACGGCGGCGGCGGCGGCGGCGACCGCGAGAGUUUUUUUUCUGGCCCAGCACGGAGCCCGCUUGCUUCUCUUCUAACCACUCUCUCGCAAUCCCUGCAACGCGCACACAUCUUCGUCGUCUUCGUCGCACCAUCAUGCCGGGCGAGAAACCGAGCUUUCCGUGCAUACGUCGCGACGCGCCUACUUCGUUUCCCUUUCUCUUUCGCUCCCUUAAAUCUGCUUCGAUCCCCCUCUCUGUUCCUUCUUCUCACCCUUUCUUCCCCACCCGUACAUCGAACAGCCGCCCGACUAAAUUAAUUUCAAUUGCGUUCGCCGGAGGCAUUUCCGUCGGGCUAGAUUUUCCACCGUCCCGACGAUUUUUCCCUCUGUCUCUGGCCCGACCUCUCUCUCUCUCUCUCUUUCGCGAGAUCAUCGAUCGUUGAUCAGAGGAAAGUAAGAUCGAGUGGGGAGUGUGUUAUAAACGCGGAAAAAUGUAGGAUAGAAGAAAAGGAGUGCUGUUUCGUAAGCUUUCGAGUGCUGUAUCUGCGUUAAGUUGGAUCGAUGGAUGGAAAAGCUCGUGUAAACUGUUAAGGUCUAACAAACGAGCUGUAAUGUGAUCGGAAUUUCCAGCAACGUGAUACAGAUUUAGACCUAAAUCUGGUCUACCGAUACGCAUUGACCUCGUUCGGCCACGUAUAAGGAUGAAGCGAACAAACAAAGCGAAUUGAGCCGGGCUCAUCCGAUGACGUAUGAAAGUGGCAGAAAAUCAGCUAGGUAGAGCUCAUUAACGAUCGCUCGAACGUGAAAUAACGUCGCGGUUAUUUCGUCGUUGCCUCCAAAAUUAAUCGUCCGUCGGUUCGUUUCAUAUUCCGAACCUUUUGUAACAUCGCAACACGAUUCGAUCGUGAUUUCGUCUUUAUACUAAAACGAAUUUCCCUACCUGUUGGCCUACUUUUCGUUUCGAAAUAGCACGCCAAGCAUCGGCACGAGCUUUGAGUACGCGUAUUUAACCCGGCAAUGCGAGCAGUCACGCGUUUUCGAGUUUUUCCGAACGGAGAUGGAGAGCAGACGGAUGAAGCGAAACGAUUUUUAUUGCAUUUCGCAGCGUGGAUUCCCAGCUGGAAAUUACGUCCAGUGAAACGUUUUGUUUUACAACGUUUUCCUCGUCUCUUCCUCUCUCUCUCUCUCUCUUUCAACCCUCCAGCACCCCGCGCUUCCAUUCGUUCAACAAAUUUUUUUCCGCUUUUUCCCGACAACUGGUUUUGCACAGAGGACAUCGUUACAAUCAUCGGAUUCGUAUCGAGUCGAAAAUUGAGAUUAUCCCAUCGACCGUACAAAACUUUUAAUCCGUUCGAUUCGCGUUUCGUUGAUCUAUGAAACGAAAUGAACUCGAUCCUCCGCGUACUUUUGUCGCGGGAAAUCGUCUUCCGUUCGAAAGUAAUCGAUCGAUCAUCUCGGAUCGAAGUAUCCCGCAAAUCCUCGGCGCAGCUGCUCGAAAUGUGUGACGCGUAUCGACCAGCGCACCUGCUUAUGUCGUAGCAGAGAUCCAAAGAAGUCGUAAUUAACGAUCACGGAAGGUGGCUGUCUCGUUUCGGGGAACAAAGCGGUUGCUCGCAUUUAUUAGGUUCCGUAUUAUGCCCGCAAGAGAUACGGGCUAAAUCUCGCGAGCGGCGUUUUAUACGGCGAAGAAAAUGGCGACUGAAGUGUUAAGGGUCGUAUCCCUUUUACGCUUGGGAGUCGGUGCGAGCGGCAAGAGUCGACUGAGGUGUCCAAAGUGUGUUCGCUGCGCGAAGCGGGAGAAGGAGGGAAGAAGAAAAAUAGAGAGGCGAGAGAAGCGAUAGCCUAAAUUUAGUAGACAUCCAAAGUAUAGUCAUGGAAGCGUGUAAAGAGAAGGAGAGAGCGAGUUCGAGUAGACGGUGGAGGACAACGAGGAGAAGUAUCUUGGUAGCGAGCAGACGUACGGAGAAGGGGAUGGGGUAACUCUGUGCUUUGGUGGCAACGGUUUAGGGUAGCAAAAGGAGGAUACCAGAGGGUGGAAGCGGCGAAUGGUGGAAGGAGGGGUGCAGAACGAACUGUUGCUUCCCCGAGAGCCGUGUCGUGCCGGUACUUCUAACACAGGAUUCUCGAGAGCCUCCAAACAGGAUUUAAGCGUUCUCACCGGCCACGAGGACUAUCGCUUCCAGUAUUCCCUGCAAUUUCCUUCGAAACGUGUCUCGAUUCUACGCCUACCCCACUCCCUUCUCGCGCCUACACCUUUUCUCCAUAAUUAAUCUCAAAAUUAACUUAUUUUCUUUUCUCGCCGUACGCAACAAUGAUUACACAGAGUACAUACACGAGCGAUGGUGUGUCUUAUGCCAGAAUUUUUAAAUCUCUCCCGACCCGAACGCGAUUUUGGGGGUGCAAUCGGCCGUUCAUCGCUAACAGAUUCGAUCAAAAGAGGUCGAGCGCGACGAGGGUUUCGUGGUCAAUUGUGUCACCCUCUCUAAAACAACCGGACCAGAAUCUCGUUCGCGCAUUAACGUUUCAUUUUCCAUAAAAACUCGGUUGCCCCGAAAAAAAAAAAAAAAAAAAAAAACGCGCAAAUUUCACGCCUACGCGCUUACUGUUAUUCCCUCGGUGUGCUCGCUUACAUUCAAACCCGACGACGCACGGUGAUUCGAAGGUUCCGAAGGGUAGAUUAUAAAAAUCGUGGAAACGGAACACGAGCAAAUAAGCGUGCGAAAAAGCUGGCCCGAAGGAUAGUUUGAAAAGUAGCAGGCGACGUAGAUGAAAGAUGCCGAAGCGGCGAGAAAAAACGGAGAGGGAAAGAAAGAUGUGCCAGAGGAAUAGGUUGAGCAAAGGGUGAAAGAGAGAGAGAGAGACUAGGGUGUCGGUAAGGGAACGAAGAAAAAGAGGCCGCGUAGGAGUAGAUGGAACAGAGAAUAACGGAAGAAUAGAAAAGAGAAGAAGGGGCUGAGAGAGAAAGAGAGAGAGAGAGAGAAGAGGAGGCAGGACGUAAAACAAAGUAACGACGAAAUGCACUUCCCCCCUUUACGCCGUGCCCGGCGCUCGCCCGGAGGGAAACGUCGAACGAAACGUUAAAAACUGGGAAGAGGAAUGAGAACGCGCGAGGGGGUGCUAGGUGGUGGCUCGUCGGUCGGGAGGGUCGGUGGGCCCAGUGGAGGCGCAAGGCGGAGGGUGGGUUUCGCCGUGGCAGGCGGGCCACCCUGGAAGGGUGCCGGGAGGUUAUGACAGCCGAGGUAUUGAGCGGAUCCUUCGUUAAAAAAACGAGAAGCACCGUGCUGAGGCGCGUGGAACAGAGACGACGUGGAUGAAGAGAAACGGACAGCGACAGAGGGAGAAAAGGAAGGCGAGCGAGAGACUGAGAGUGAGCGGGAAAGGAAGACGAAAACGUCGGAAGAGAAAGAGGAGAAGAUUGGGAUGGACGGAGUGAGAAAAAGUGAGAUGAAAAGAGGGUGAGAGGGUGAGAAAGAGAAAAAGAGAGCGGUGCACGGCUGCCGCCGCCGCCGCCGUCGUCGUCGCUGUUGCUGCUGCUGCUGCUGCUAGAGCCGGUAGUGGAGGUGGUCCAAGGGAUAACAGCCGGUGAAGUUGGACCGGCAGAAGACUGAAGGAAAGAACCGGUGAGGUGAGCGUGAAAGGCGAAAUCGGUCGGAGCGAAGGAACGUCGAAAGAGAAGGAAGUGGAAAGAAGCAGCAGGACUUGCCGGCGGCGACAGACUGCACUCUCGCACCGUUCAGGGCGCAAGCGUGCACGUGUGUUGUGCGUUUCCGUGCCGUCGUAACCCUGUCUCAGCACGAGGGAGUAGUCGUUUCUCCGCGUUCUCAUCCCUACUCCACCAGCAUCGCCGCCGCCGUUGCCGCCACCGUUAUCGCCACCGCCGCCACCGCCACCAUCACCGUCGCUCCCGUCGGCUCGCCAUCCUUCCGACGUUCGCGAAGAAGCGCCGCCGCAUCCGACGUAACGACGCCGGCCACCACGACGACGACGACGACGACGACGACGACGACAACGACGACGACGACGACCGCGACAAACAGGUGGAGGAGGAGGACGAGGACGAGGACACGGACGAGGACGAGGACAAGGACAAUCGCGACCACGACCACGAUCAACAUUCCGUGGAUCGGACUUCCACCAUCGACCCUCCACGACCACGACGACCACUUUGCCUGUUUCUGGCGCGCGCUACGUCACGCGUGACGUUGUACCCGGCGCACACGUUGAAGCGACAGUGUGCAUACACGAUACGUUUCCCCCUCGCGUCCUCCUCGGGCACCGCCACGACCACGCAACAAAACUACCACUACUCGUGGUUGCCGCGCUAAAACUACCACCAACAACUACUACUAUUACUACUGGAUCGAGAGGGGGAGAUCGAGAAAGCCGGUCAAUCGAGCAAAGAAAGAGGAAGAAAAGCGAGAGGAGGAGGAGGAGGAGGUGGACGAGGACGAGGACGACAACGGCGACGACGACGAAGACGGAGGACGGCCGGCGGCGGAGGGGGUGGAUAUCCACGCGGGAACUCGAGGCAGGCGCACCCGGCCGGCACGCACACACAUAUAUUCUAAGAUGUGAUUUCAAAAAUGGCGGAAUGCCCUUAUGCCCGCUGCAUACAGGAACGCAGACACAUCCGACGGGAGUUGCUGCGAUGGACAAAGAAUAUGGUCUUCGUAGUCGGUCUGGAACGGGUAGCGGAGGAGUUGAUGGGCCGUAGGAGAUGGAAGCAAUAUCAGGACACCCUGUACAGCGGUACUCGCAGCAGCGAAUCAGCGACGACACAGCCCCACCACCGGCUUUACCCGGCGUUCUCGUCGCCCUGCGACCCGGUGCCCGGGAGCCUGGAACAAAUUGGGCCGCGUUCGCUUCAUCCUGCGUCCUCCUCGUUAACCACAACGAUAACGACCACAACGACGGCGUCACCGUCCCCGGCGACGGCAACCGGAGCGGGGACCGGACCAGCAGCGGCAGCGGCCACCACGACAGCGGCAACGACGGCGACUACCACGGGCCUGGUGAAGCAGGAAAGCCUCCAAAGGCAUCACCUGCAGAACCACCAUCACCUUCAAUCCUCCGUUCAAGACCACCAUCGCCAUUAUCAGCAGCAACAGUCGGACGAGUCGCGGCGACUCAGGCCCGACGAGAUAAAGGUCGAGGUCGGCGAGGCCGAGUACGCGAACGGUGUCGCGCGAGAGGAAUCGUCGGCAAGGACAGCCGAUCCGUCGACGACGGCUACGGUAACGGUGCCCAUCGUACCGACUACUACGGCAACGUGUAUCGGUACCAUCAGCAGCACGGCGACCGGCACGAUAGCGACGAUCGCGUCGGCCAGCACCAUCCCCCCGAGCAUGACCACCGGAACCACCACGAUUCCGACCAGGCGGCGACGCAAACGCCGCCAAAACGACGCCGAGACCACGGACGACAGAGAGGACGACGAAGAGAACGAGGAAGAGGAGGAUGGAAGGAGUUUGAGCGAGGUCGAGAAAAGGCUGAAGCUCGACGAAAGCGCCGACAGGCCCGUCAGUCCUCUCAGAAGGGAGAAGGAUCGAGCGACACGGGAUUAUCCGAUCGCCAACGCUACCGAUACGGAAGGGACCAAGGAACGAACGGACGAAGUUGCGUUGGAGCGGACACCGGUGACGCAGGGCUUGCUAAGGGUGAAGAAAGAAGAAGAGUUGCAAGAAGUGCCGAGCGGUGGAGGCGGACCGACGGCACUGUCGACACCGGUUACGGAUCCGGAUGGGACCAGGUCAGGGUUGCCGUGUCGGGAGGUUGACCCGGUAGCUAGCAGAAACACGGUGGCGUCGUUUCUCGUUGGAAGUCGACGCACCAGCCCACCGCCAGAAGACUGGAAGCCGUUGGACAAGUGUUACUUUUGCUUGGACGGCAAACUACCGCACGAUGACCAGCCACCCCUCAGCCCGCAGAGCGAGAGCAGCAGCAGCUCGCGAUCGGCCGAGUCACCGAUGUCGGUCCAGGUGGACCCAAUGGCGGCGUCCGUGGUCGCCGCGGCUCUCACCAGCACCUACCCCACCUUGUUGCCCCAGUGGUGUCUACCACCGAGGGAGGCGCCUCUCGUUGGGGUGCAGCCUCAUCAGGACAGUGGAACGUCGGCCGAUCAACCGCUCGAUCUCUCGGCCAAACCGAAAAAUUCUCAGGAUAACAACAUAUCUUUGCUGGAACAACAGAAAAUACCUCUAAGGAUGACGGCAGGUAUCGACCCCAAGAGUAUCUUUAAUUCGUGUUAUCGAGCGAAACCGCGAAUGACCGGACCAGUGACGGCGGUGGCGGCCGCAGCAGCCGUGGCAGGUGUCGGUGGUGUUCCCGUGGUGGGUGCCGGUGGUGGCCGGAGGACUUACACCGAAGAGGAGCUGCAAGCCGCGCUCAGGGAUAUCCAGAGUGGCAAGCUCGGUACACGAAGGGCGGCAGUGAUCUACGGGAUUCCGCGUAGCACCCUGCGCAACAAGGUCUACAAGCUUGCGAUGGAACGCGAAAGGGACGCGUCCCUGUCUAGCACCCACUCACACCCUCACGAGCCCGGCGCCCCAGCCACCACCACCACCACCAUCACCACCACCAUCACCACUACUACUACUACUACUACUACUACAACACCACCAAAUACGACCCAAAACGCCUCCGCGACCACUCCGCCCCCGCAAGUGGAUGAGGUGGACGACAAGGAACUGUCCGGAGCCGAAGAGGAGAAGGAAGUGGAAAAAGCUUUGCUGAAACCACUGUUGUCCUUGGAAGAUCUCGUCAGGUUCUCCGCCCUGGAAGGAAGCGGCGGUGAUUCGUUGAGAACGUUGCUUCAACGAGGACACGAAACAGGAGGCGAAUGGCCAGGUCUUGAACACGCCAACAUCGGUCCGUACAUACAAAAGAUGCUCGCAGCGGCUGCGCCAUUUAAGGGUAUGGAAACGCAAGACUAUCGCAUUCCAGAGGUGAUGAGAAGGCUGAUGAGCGAAGAUAAGAGGCUAAACAAGAGCGUAAACGGGGACCAGUCGCAGCCAGCGCAUCAACAGCUUCAUCAUCAUCAGUCGCACUCGCAAGGGCAGUCUCAGUCGCAGACGCAACAGCAACAACAGCAGCAACGCGGUCCGAUCACCAACGACGAUUUCAAUCCGAACAUCGAGGAGGAGGCGAGCGACAGCGCUCAGGGCAGAGCGAUUCUGAAGAUUCCGUCCUACAAGCCCGCGAGCACACCCGGAUGUUCCAGCAAGAACGGCGAACCAACCUCGGCCGCGUUCGCUCAAAGUUUCGCGGCCGCGGCUGCCGCUUCGAGUCCUGGCCUCCUGGAACGGGCCAGCCCGGCCUUCUCCGGUACCAGCAGCCCGACCAACUCGUUGGUCGGCAAGACGGUAGCGGUGAAUUUCCGCGACGUCAUUGCAAAGAGCAUCAGCGUGAAAUUCCAAGAGGGUCAAUCGGUGGCAGCGGGUGGAAUUCCUGGAUGCCAAACAGCGGGUGUAGUGCAACCGCAGCAGACGAUGAUGACGGAUCCGAGUCCGUUCAAGAGAGGUAGAUACACGCCACCUCAGCCGACCACGCAACCGGCCCAAUCGCAGUCGAAGCCGCAACAGACCCAAGAUGCGAACAAACAGAAACCCGCCACCGGUGGCAAAGGAACCAGACCGAAACGCGGCAAAUAUAGAAAUUACGACAGGGAUAGCCUGGUCGAGGCUGUACGCGCGGUUCAACGGGGUGAAAUGAGCGUUCAUCGUGCAGGCAGCUAUUACGGAGUGCCGCACUCCACCCUCGAGUACAAAGUGAAGGAACGGCACCUGAUGAGGCCAAGAAAGAGGGACCAGAAGCAAUCGGACGACAAGACGAAGGAGACCGCUACCGCGGCGGUGGCCGCGGCAGCUGCGAACGUACGACCCGGUACAGCCGACAAGAAACCGCAAUUGAAACCGCAGAAACCUUUUACACCACCGGCCGGUAUUCCAGGCCCGAACGGACUGAAAAUGCCGCCGUUCAUUGAGGGCAUGCCCCAUUUACCGUUCGCGCCGUUCAACUUUUGGAGUCCGACGCCGUUCAUGCCGACCCCCUUCAUGGCGGGUGCGGCGAACGUUCCGCCGAUCCUGCCGGAACAAUACUUUGCUUCCAGCAGGAUUCGUGGCUUGCAAGAGCAACAGAGAAGCGCGGCUAUGGUGCAACAGCAACAACAACAACGAGACCGAGAUGGAAUCGGCGUGGCCGCGGCUACCACGGAGUCGCCAGGCACCUCGAAUUCUCGUAGCACCCCGAUGACAAAGACGCCGCGGGAGGUGUCGGAAAGUUUAUACGACGGUUCGGGUGCAAACGGUAGUUUCUUGGACAAUUUGAUCAGGUCGAGCCUCGAGACGGGCAUUCCAAGGGACCAGCGAACAAUGACCGAGACGAGGAGCCAGCAACAGCAGCAGCAGCAGCAACAGCAGAGUUCCUCGCAACCACAACAACAACAACAACAACAACAGCUGCCGGAAGCGAUGAGGAGCAAGGCGUUGAUCGAUCAACUGUGCAGAAACUCGAGGAGAACGCCGGUGCCGAGGCUGGCACAGGAUAGCAGCGAGGACGAGAGUUACAGGGGACCAUCGACUGCCGGCAGAGCAGUGCCGGAGAGACCGGAACGCGUGCCCACCGUCGAUCUGAGCCCGUCCCCGUCGGAACGGGGUCGCGCCGACGACGGUAGCGAUCGACUCGCCUCGCCGCCCACUCCGCUCUCCGUAUCGAGAGCCGGAAGCAGGGACGACGACAGUACUCGUGACUCGAGGAUCGAUCGUAGUAGCAGGGAGCGCGAGGUUCACAAUGGUGGACAGGAGGAUCGCGAUAGAAAGACUCUGACCAUUCAGCAGCCGCCACAGCAGCAGCAGCAAAAUCAUUACCCGGACUUACACAAUCUCUACGCCGUAUCAACUGACAAAAAAAGUGCCUGUGAUAGUAAGCUUAUAGUAGAUCAUUCGAGCCAGAAGACUCAGCCGCAGCAGCAGCAGCAACAGCAGCAGCAGCAGCAGCAGCCACAACAGCAACAGCCGAAAGAGUACGGUGCAGUGAGCGGACUGGUUGUGCAACUGCAGCGGGGUUACGGUACCGGAAGCAACAGGUCCGGCGAGCAGACCAACAGCCAACAAUCGGCGGAGCAGCGCGGCCCCGUGAUCACUAUGGAAGACUCCGUUGAGCAGUAGGAAAAAAAAGUCGGUAUCGUUGAUCAGUAAAGUAUAGAAUAACGAGAGUAUGGCGAACGAUUCGUUUUAAUACGAUAAGCCGAUUCCCGCCCAAUGCUGCGGCGUUUUACGCAUCGCCACGUCACGGACACACGUGGGGGAUUGGGGUAUAUACAUUACUCGCCUUGCGCGAACCUCUCUCCCCCUUUCGCUACUAACAGUUUGCACGCUCCGCGUUUUCCUCCUUUUCCGCGGACGUGCUCGAUAAUCGGUGCUCUCUCGUGAACGCCGCUCCGUCGGCCGUCGUUGCCAAACAAAGAACCGGAAAUGGAGCAGCACGCGUCGCGUUGACUCGUGAAAGCGAAUGCGACCGUUUCGUGGAGGAGGUCACGAAAGGCGAGUAGUAACAAGCACCUCCUCUGUCCGUGUUGGCUGCGUAGGACCAAGAGGGAGGGACGUUUCGACAAAACGCGAAACGUGGCACGAACGUGGUAGUGGCCCUAGCCUGACCCUGCCCUUUCCAUCCGGAAGCCCCUCGAACGUCGCGAGGCAAGUUCAAAACAGGAAGCGUUAAGGAAACGAGAGAGAAAAGAAAAGGGAAACGAAUAACGAAAGAAAAAAAAAAGAAAGAAAAAAAAACACAGCGUAAACGCUAUCCAACCAUCCACGAACCCAUUGCUAUUCCAUCAGUUACACGUAUCCGGCAGUCGAUCACCGUCCAGCUGACGGUAGGUCGUACCGGAACCUUUUUUUCGACUAUGGCGAUAUUUCGAUUCGAACAGAACGCAAGAAACGGAAACGAGACACGAUGCGAUGUUAUUGUACAAAACUCGUACACGAACAAACACUACCUUUUACACGCAUACACUGGUACACAGAAACGCGAUACCAUACGGUACGUAGACGCGUGGAUACCUCUGACAUUGUCGUAAAGACGGUGAUCUAUGGGCGAUAUUCAUGGGGAAAAUUCAAAUUAAAACAAAACAUAUACACACACACACACGCACACACACACACACACACGAGAGCAGCACCUAUAUAAACACGAGUCCACGCGUGCACGCGUCCGUAGGAAAGAUACACGUUGGGUAAAAGGAGGAGCGCGCGAUGAAUUUUCCGCGGGGUUUCCCGGCCGAUUACGCGCGCGGUAACGUUGGCCGCUAAAACACUUUUCCAACACGAGGGGAGAACACUGGAGAACAAAUUGCUGACUAAUUGCAACAACGUAUAUUUUCCUCUGUCGAUGUAAAAGCUACCUAACGCAAAACUUAUUACCUACUACUAACAUUACUUAACUCGUAAGGAGCAACAUAAUUAUAUAAGGAAUGAUAUAUUAUAUAUAUAUACACACAUAUAUAUUUUUGGUCAUUACGAACGUGUGCGAAAACGAGAACGAGCCAAGACUUUUGUUGGCGCGCGUAUAGGUGGCGUUUUUUCACGAGGCGACAAUAUUUCUCUAAUCUCGGUUAUUUCGAGGCUGGCGUUCGGUAGAAACGAAUAGGGGGAUGAUGGAAGGAGGACACGAGGGGUAAAAAGUUGCUAUUUCAUUCUUUCUUCUUUUUUUUUUUUACACUUUUUUUUUCUCGGGAGGAAAAAAUUAGGAAAAUGAAGAUGGUUCUUCGUCAACGAGGAAUUCGAGUUCGAUGUUUUCUCUAAACAAAGACAUUUCGACAAAUUGCAGAAAAUUGUGCGAACUCUCGUUAAAGUUUUUCGUCUGUUUCGAGUCGAUUUCUUCGUCGACGAAGAUCCUAUUCCCCGUUGUGGAACUCGAGGGAAUCUAUGGCGAAUGCAACGACGAAAAUUCAGCGAGAAAUUUUCACCGAUUCACGAAAUGGGAUCACUGUAUAGGCGCGCGCUUGCUCUCGACUCGGUUACCGAAGUGCAAAAUUUUUUCUUACGCGUGGCGACGCCCACACAUUUUGAUACGAAUGCAAUUUUUCUAUCUCGUAGAAGCAAAAAAAAAAAAGAAAAAAAGAAAAACGGAAUACAGAAGCAACCAUUAGCGGCGGCGUUCGUAGAAUUUCUUCUUCGCGGGGAAAACAUUCACCCGAUUCAUUCGUCAGGAUUGGACACUGGCUGUGUUUCUUCCUUGUUAAAUUCUCCACGCAUUCGUGAAGGUGUGUGUUUUCCUCACGGCGACGAGAAACGCGCGAAAAACGUAGGUGGAAUUAGAUGAAAUCCUAACGAGUCGAAAAUCAAGUUCUUCGAGGAUUAUCCGAACAAGUUCGACCAACCGAUGGAAAAGCACGUUAGGUUGUUCGCUCGUACUUUUUUCAGGGAUUACAGAAAUUUUUAAAGCUUUUAUCGAUCGUUUCGACGACGACGUUAGCGUGUCUAGAAUGUUCUCUGAUUUUUGCAAAAAAAAAAAAAAAACCGAUAGAAGAGAAAAGUUCGAUCCGGUCGUUGAGAUUGAUGAUCAUGGGGAAGAGGAUUUUUCUGACGACGACACGAAGAACGCCAGUCCCUCCUCUUUUGACUAAUUUUUUCGCAGAUUGUCCAUGAGCGUCGUGCGCGCGACUAUCGAGGUAUCUUCUCGUAUUAUCCGAUUAUACAGUUCCGUUACGACAGAAGGAGAUCCUUGAAUAUGUAGGUGAACACGUUUUAACAGCGUGGUUGCGAUUUCGUCGUUUCGCUAGCUGUAGUAUUCGAGAGCCAGGAGAACGUUGUUGGACCAAGACGAAAACGACGAAACCGACGGAUUCGAAACAGUACGAUUCGUUAGCCAAUCAUAGGAGAAGUGAAAGAAAGAGAAAAAUGAAAAAAGAGAGAAAGUAGAAAGGGGUUGGACGAGAAAAAGCCGGGACGUGGAACGCGUCGUCGGACGCGAUCCACGUGUCGGUCCUGUAUUUCUCGCUUGACACGGAGGAUUCAUCGAGUCGAUUCUAAGGAGAACUUAAAAAAUGGACGAGGACAGAGGAAACGAAAGGAUAAUUCACGCAUUAAUCUCAUGACUCUCUUUGAAACAAAGUAACGACUGAAAGACUCUAGGCUGUACAUAAAGUAUAAGGCAUGUAUGUUCGGUGUUUUAAAAAAAAAACGAAAAAAAUACGCAAAAAUUCCUUAUUAACGCAUAAAAAAAUUAUACCUUACGAUAAAGAAAUAAAAAAAAAAAAGUAUAAUAAUAAUACAAGUAAAAUCGUGUAAGCAAGGCUAACUAUCUCUCUCUCGGUGUUUUUUGGAACUAAACUUAAACAAAUUUACCCGUAAACUUAAAGCAAAAAAACCGUGAAUUAACAAAGCGAGGUGACUCUAAAGGGGAAAAAGAACAAGGGUGCAAAUCCAGCCGCGCGGUGAUGCGCGUCGGAGAACAAGAUAAAACAAGUAAAUUGAUUGUGAGUGUAAACGUUAAGGUCUCGUUAGGGUUAAAGAAAGCAAACUAAAAUGAAAUUGCUGAACAGCAGAAACACAAGCGAAAUGCAAGCACUAAUCAUGAUUGUGUGUAAACGUAAAUUUAAACCUUCCUUCUAUCCCUGUAUCCACUGACCAAACACCAACCCUCCCAAUUUUUAAUCGCUCAUCACCCAAGCCGACCACACGCUUCGCGUCAAACUUGUAAAUCGUUCGAUGUGAUCUUAACUACUCGAUACCUCAAAAGAAAAGUAACAUUUUUUUUUUUU